UCCAGACCCAGACCCAGACCCAAGACCAGACCCUGGAGUCAGUAGGGCCCUCUUCCCAGUCCGAGUGGGGAGCCUGUGCCCUGGUCCUCUUGACCCAGCUCAUGGAUCUCCAGGAGGCCCAGGUCUCUGCAGUACUGCCCUCUCUGGUGGACAUGAGGGAGCAGCAUCUACUGGCCCUGAGGAAGGAGCAUGAGUGGGAUCUCAGAAACCCUCGUCUCAACUGUCUGCUCACUCUCCUGACCUCGGAGGCCCCGCCCAUCCCCUCCUCCCUCCUCCCCCCUGACCCCUGCCCGGAACCCUCUCCACCAAUCCCAGCCCAGAAUAAUGUCACAGACACAAUACCGGAGCAGAGGGCCAUGGAUGGGAACCAGGUUGCCACUGACGGGAGGAGGGAGAGACAGGAUACCUGUACAGGCUGCGGAGAGACCUUUGAGGAUCUGCCCUACCUGGAGAUCCUAUGCAUCCCACCCACGGUGGAUUCCUCCAACACCCACCAAGCCAGCUCCCACACCUCCACUGAAGGGGAGAGUGCACAUGGAUUGGAGAGUGCACAUGGAGGGGUUAAGGUGGGCCAGGAGGGCAGUCCAACCAAGACACCCCAGAUCUUUGAGAAACAGGACUCUCUCAUCACCCUGGCCUGGAGCAAACCUCCAGAGGCAGCAGCUACAGACGUGUCUGCCGCAGCGAUGGAGCAGGAUUCCUUCUGCAGUGUGCAAGGUGUGAGUCCGUGCGACACACCUGGACACUCCGUUGGGGACACAAACCCCCCGGAGGAGACAGGCUGCGGGGCAAGACAGCUGGAGGUGCUCGACUCCUCUCUGUUCCAGUCUAGCUCGAAAGCUGGACCAGGACCCAGACAGACUGAAGGCCACACCGUCAACAUCGGACAGAGAGAGUCUGCUACUGGUGGGGGUGACCAGGCCCUGAGGACGCCGCUGGAGACGGGAGAAGCAGGGUGUGAUGUGGAUCUGUACACACACACCCCGGUCACACACACAGAGACCACGGGAGCUGUUGAAGUGGCACGCACACACUCUGUGCCUGAGGAGAAGGCUGGGAUGAGCAGUGUUCCUAUGGAGGAGGAGAGCAAUGAUGACAUACUCGCAGCGGCGUCCAGUGAGUUUGCUUACCUGGGCGCUGUGGGAGGGCAGCCAGCAGAACAGGAAGUGUGCCACCCAGCCACUGAGCCCUGGGCUCAAAGUGGACUGGAUCAAUCCGCUGUAGACCAGACGGAAUCAAGUGUCCCUGAGAGUGCGAGAAUGCAAGAGUCUAUGCUAGAGAGAGAGAGAACCCGGGAGCCCGUCUCUGUGAUGGAGAGGGAGAGAACGAUGCGCAGUCUGGUGGACAUGCAGAAGAAGGUGGAGCACAAGCAGCAGAGAGACAGAGAGAGACAACUGCUACGGGUUCAGGAGCGCCUGUCCAUCAUUCACAACAGGAAGUCAGAAGAAGACCUGCUGGGCCUGAAACAGAAAGACAGGCUCCGACACCUCACACACAACCUACCACAAGAGGAUAAGAGUCAGCAGAAGACCGUGGUACGAGAGCGACUGGAGCAGGUGAGGAGGGAACGCUCCUAUGUGAUGCAGUCCAAACGAGACAGGAACACAGCAGGGUUCAAGGAGCUGCUGGCUCCGGUGGUCCUCCAGGGCGCCGAGACGGAGGAAGGGGCGGACUGACGCUGGCUACAGUGGCUGUGAGCUUUACACACUGCCCCCUUCUCAAUGAGCCACGCCUGGCUACGCUUCUAUACCUCUGGAGAAAGAGCCUAUCGACUGACACCGAUUACUCUAAGAACAAUGUUGGCUCUUACUAAAAGAAAUGUAGUGACCUAAAGAUUGUCAUUUUUGGUUAACGUUCACAUAUUUCCAGUCCCAGCUACGGUCCAAAGCAUAUGCAGAGACAGUGGAUGGU